AUGAACUCGUAUUUGGCGGUAUCCUGCUUUUUGGCGAUCGUUGCAGCGGCAUUCGCCAACCCGCAUGGACUGGGUCUGAUUCCCGUUCACUCUGUAGAGAGCAUUCCAAACCCCAACUACAGCUUCAAUUACGCUGUCAACGAUCCAUCGACCGGCGACAACAAAGCGCAAUGGGAAGCACGUAAUGGCGACCAGGUUCGCGGAGCGUACUCCCUCGUGGAACCCGAUGGAAACGUACGUACCGUGGAGUACACGGCCGACGCUCUGAGGGGCUUCAACGCCGUGGUCAGGAAAUCCGGACCCAACAUUAAUUCGGUAGCCGUAGCUGCCCCGGCAAUCAUUCAGGCUCCCGCUAUUGUCGAACCGGCCCCAGUGAUCGAGCAAGUCCAGGAGGUCGCUCCCGUAGCGCAAGUUUAUGAAACACCAAUUUUGGACCACGGCGCAAUUUUCGACCACGGGCCAAUUCUCGCCCCGGCGGCGCCCCUUCUCAACCACGGACCGCUUCCCGCUCACGGUCCACUCCUGCCCUCUUACGGUCUGACAGCUCCGCUCGCCCCGUUAGCUCCAGCGCCGAUUGCCCCGGCACAAAUUUUGGAUUAUUUUCCACUGAUCCAUUCGGCCCAAGCGCCAGUGGUUUCCGUCUCUGGUACAUCAUACGGGAGGAACGGACACGUCGCUCAGAGGUGGGUGGCCGGCCCUCUCACCCACGGCCAGAGUCUCACGAUAAGAACGAGGCAUUAA